UUCAACAUGACACCUCCGAUGUUUGCUUUGUACGUGACAGGUCUGUUUUUGUGGAUAAUGGCUGCUGUGACUGCUCUAACACUGUCAUCAUCUUUGCGUUUCAUAUCAGUAAGCGAAGGUGAACCUGUGACUUUGGAAUGUUUCUAUGGAGAUGGUUCAGUAAUUAUGGUGUACUGGUAUAAACAAGCCCCAGGACAAAAACCACGACCUCUUUCUAAAGCGUAUAAGCGCGACAAAAAUGCCACUCUGUUUGGUGAAUUUGUGAAUGAUCAACGCUUGAAACUGGAAAUUAGCCCUGGUAAAAAUCACCUGAAGAUCUCGUAUGUGCACAUUUCAGAUACAGGUAUUUAUUACUGCAUAGGUGGCAUUUCAGAUGCGUUUAACUUUAUAGAGGGCAUUGUUAUCCAUGUAAAGAGCCCAGGAUUGAACAUCCCAGCUUCGGUCCAUCAGUCAGCAUCUGGGAUCAUCCAGCCAGGAGGCUCUAUGACUCUGAACUGUACAGUACACACUGGGACCUGUGAUGGAGAACACAGUGUUUACUGGUUCAAACAGUCUCAAGAAUCUCAUCCAGGACUCAUUUACACCCAUGGAGGCAGGAAUGAUCAGUGUGAGAGGAAAGGCAACACACAAACACACACCUGUGUCUACAACUUACCAAUGAAGAGCCUGAAUCUUUCUCAUGCUGGGACCUACUACUGUGCUGUUGCCUUAUGUGGACACAUGCUGUUUGGAAACGGGACCAAGCUGGACUUUGAGGGAUCUACAGAUGAUGGAGACUCUCCUGUCUUGGUGUAUUUCCUGACUGGUAGCUCAGCACUCUCCACCACUCUGUGUGUUUUAAUGGCUUUCUUAGUAUACACGAUGAACAGGAGAUACAGCUGCCUUUGUGCAGGAUUACCAAAUCGAAGAUGAUGACUAUGAGAAUGCAUUGUCUUUCAUUACGUACGUCACUGAGGAGUACCGAAUCUGGGCAGAGGCUUCAAAUGGAGUCGGGUUAUUGAUAAAGUUGGGAAUGUCUGGUAUAGAAGAUAAGAAAAGAAACACCUUUGCAAAUUAUUGGAAAUGGCUGAAUUGUCAAGCAUAGACAUACUAUUUUAUAAGUGAUCUUAUGUCAAUGAGAUCAAUGCAUUGUGAAAGUGUUGCUGAAAUAAUGAUAGACAGCCUAUAAAACACUGCUUCAUCAGAACACAAGGUCAACAGAUCAACAAGACAGGAUGACACCCAAAGUGAGUGUGUGAACUCCAGUGUGAGGCAGCAGAAGCAGGAAAUACUGCGUUUAUAUCUUGUUUAUGUAUAACUACAUUGUGUCUACUAUUCUAUGCAAAGUAUUUCUUUUAAACAUGAGCACUGCUGUCAUGUUGUCAGUAAA